AUGGACUUUGCUCCUUAUCAAGACACCACUCCAGAAUCCACACGAACCCUCUCUCCACCUCCAAAUCGAAUCUCGUCUCCUGCCCGCAACGCCAGAUCUCCCCCUCCAACCCGACCAAACACAGACCCAUUUGGCGUGUCAUCCUUGCCAGAACCCAGUCAUUUCAGUGAUGAGCCUAGGGAAAAUGCAGGGUUUGGAGGAGGAGAUAUAGAAAAUGGCAGGCUGGACGUCAAUCUGUUCGAGACGAGCCUACCACUACGGCUAGACUACGAGGCAAUGCUGGCAUAUCUGCUGCUACCGCCUGCAGGAGGGGUAUUUCUACUGGUGGUGGAACAUAAGAGUGAUUACGUACGAUUCCAUGCUUGGCAAUCAAGUCUACUAUUCGCGGCGAUUUUCGUCCUACACCUGAUCCUCUCGUGGUCAAGCAUACUAUCAUGGAUGUUAUUCGUCAUUGAUAUAGGUCUUAUCGGAUUCCUUGCUAUGCAUGCCUACCGAGACGCUGAUGGCUUGGAUCGUUUUGAAGUUCCGUUCUUUGGGGGUUUGGCGAGCUCCUUCGUAGACUCUGAGUGA